ACUUUUGUUCGAAAACAAAAUAUUUGAUGGCAUAAGGUCGUCGGCUUGCACAGUUGCACUCCGUUAAUUUACUUGCUACGAUCCGCCACAGGCAUAUGGAGAAAGUGGCUAACAACGGUGGUGGUGGUGGCUACUGGUGGUGGGCCGCCGCUAGUGGUGUCCAAUUGGUGUGGGGCAUAUAUUCAUUCCGCAAAGGCUACUCCGGCGACUCACGCCUCAUGCCUCUCAAAGCUUUUGGUGUAGCUUCUCUGUUCGUCGGCGCCACCGCCACUGCAACUGUCGGAACCCUACGUGCCUCCGGCAUCCACUCGGUAAAGGAUGCCAUUGAAGCUGGUGAGAGUAUAAGGUCCGGGCUCGGAGUCAAGGGGAGGGGAUGAAUCAAGUUAUCGCUUGAAUGAUUUUGAUCAAUAUGAAAGUUGCAACAUUUUAGUUAAAUUCAGGUACACAACAGAUAAUAAUCCUCUCGUUGGUCUAACCUAUUUUCUUGAAGAACCAACAACUUCUGGAUUGCACAUUGGACACGGCUGCUUUGUUUUCGGGACAGAGAGGGUAUUUAUUAAUCUGAUUUUUUUUCAAAGUAUUUCUAGAGAGAGAACAAUUUGAUCUCAAUUACCCAAGCUGUUGUUGGUUAUCUUAAUAGAUGUUAAAUAAAAAUAGAGAACUUUUUCGUUGUUGCUCCUUAGCGUGAAUGAAAGUCGAGUUUUGGAAUUAUGGAAA